GGAUCACAACUCAAGGCGCUUUUCUCCGCCAGAGGAUGGUAUCCAAGAAAAAGAAAAACUAUUCCCCAUCUCCCUACUCUGGUUAAUAGUGGCAUGGAAGAUCCAUUUGAGGAAGCAGAGCAGCCUUCUGGAGACCCAGGCAUGGUCAUGGACAGUGUGGAAGCAGGAGACACAACACCUCCCACCAAAAGAAAAAGCAAGUUCUCAGGUUUUGGCAAGAUCUUCAAGCCGUGGAAAUGGAGGAAAAAAAAAAGUAGUGAUAAAUUUAAAGAGACAUCAGAAGUUUUAGAGAGAAAAAUAUCUAUGCGAAAACCAAGAGAAGAGCUGGUUAAAAGAGGGGUUCUGUUGGAAGACCCCGAGCAGGGUGGUGAGGAUCCAGGAAAGCCGAGCCAUGCCACAUUAAAGAAUGGCCACACUGCCCCCAUAGGGAGUGCCAGGUCUUCUAGUCCAGUCCUAGUGGAAGAAGAGGCAGUGAGAAUGUCAAGUCUUGGGAAUAUUAAUCCAGAAGAGGAUUCAAAAAAGAGAUUAGGCUCAACUGGAAGCCAGCCUAACUCUGAAGCAGAGUCUGCUCCUGAGCAUGUACCUAAGCAGCCUUUGUUCCCCACAAAAAGACCCUCAUUCUCUUCUUACAACGCAAGCGAAGGGCAAGCAAAGGAGGAAGCCAUGUCAGGCAGUGCAUCGAGGUCCGUCUCCUCCACCCCUGGCUCUACUACCACAAUCCCGGCCCCUGCCAAGCAGCCCCCCAUCCCACCCCCUAAACCAGCUCACAGAAACAGCAACCCUGUCAUUGCUGAGCUGUCCCAAGCAAUACACAGUGGCACACUGUUGUCGAAACCGUCCCCCCCCUUACCACCCAAGAGAGGCAUUCCUUUAACCUUGGGACCCACCUCAGAGCCUGCUUCGUCACCCACAACAAAAACAGCAAGUGAUCAAAGAGAAAAAACUGUCUCUAUGUGUUCGGAACCAGCGUUGAUGAUCCGGCCUUCCUCCCCCUCUCCCCCACUGCCUACCCACACACCUCCAGAGCCCCCGAGGUCCCCACCCCCGUUCCCUGCUAAGACCUUUCAAAUUAUGCCAGAAGUUGAGUUUUCCUCUCCUUUAGAUGUACCCCAGGACAUUUCCCAGCAGGAAGAUCAGAAAAAGGAAGUCCCCAAGAAGAUACAAGAGCAGAGCUUUGGAGAGUCCCACAUACCCUCCAGGCUGCCCCCACUGCCGCUGCAUAUCCGAAUCCAGCAGGCCCUUACUAGUCCCCUUCCCGUGACCCCUCCCUUGGAAGGCACUCACAGAGCUCAUUCCCUGCUGUUUGAGAGCAGUGACAGCUUCUCUGAGGACAGCGGUACCCUGGGUCGGACCAGGUCACUUCCCAUCACGAUUGAAAUGCUCAAAGUUCCUGAUGAUGACGAAGAAGAGCAGACCUGCCCAUUAGCAUUUGCUGAAGAUAUGGCGUCUACCUCAGUCACUCCUAAACUCGCACAGUGUCUACAGGAGGAAGAAAAGGAGAGCGACUCAGAUUCAGAGGGUCCCAUUCAGUAUCGAGACGAAGAAGAUGAAGAUGAAGAUGAUGAAGAUGAAAGUCGUCAGAGUGCUCUGGCCAACAGAGUAAAGAGGAAGGACACGCUGGCAAUGAAGCUGAGCAUCAGGCCCAGUGAACCAGAGUUGAACCUGAAUUCUUGGCCUCGUAAAAGCAAGGAGGAGUGGAAUGCAAUCCGGCACCAGAUUGGGAGCACACUGAUCCGGCGACUGAGUCAAAGACCGACAGCAGAAGAAUUGGAGCAACGGAAUAUACUACAGCCUAAAAAUGAAGCCGAUCGCCAAGCAGAAAAACGGGAGAUUAAGCGUCGGCUCACCAGAAAGCUCAGUCAAAGGCCAACUGUGGCUGAACUACUUGCCAGGAAGAUUCUGAGGUUUAAUGAGUAUGUGGAGGUGACAGAUGCUCAGGAUUAUGACCGGCGAGCUGAUAAACCUUGGACCAAACUGACUCCUGCUGAUAAGGCUGCCAUACGAAAAGAAUUAAAUGAAUUUAAAAGCUCAGAGAUGGAGGUUCAUGAAGACAGCAAACAUUUUACACGCUAUCAUCGCCCAUGAUGCUGAAGUGUGAGAAAAGGACCAACAGCCAUCGGAAAAGCAGAGCUGUUUUGUUGCUUGUCUCCAGGGCGACCAUAGCACUUCCUACACAGCACAGCCAGAGCUGCUCUGGGAUCCGGUUCAGGGGUGAAUAGCACUUCUAUGAAGGUAGCCUUUCACUGGGACAGAUUCUCCUGUGCUGCCCUUAGAGAAGGAUGAAACGCUUGAUGCUUCUGAACCUUUUAACAACACUGCAGUGGACUUGAGGGUUUUCCUCUCACCAGCCACCGAAGCUCCUGCACUUGAAGGUUCCACUUAAAGGCACACUCUGCCCCAAGACAACUAACUGCCUGUGCUGAGGCAGUUUGUGCCAUUAGCCUUACCCGUCUGCCUUGUGUGUGUGACCCACUCAUGUAGGCCUUACUUCCAGUCAUCAAAUCCUCUUGCCAGAAAAACCUAGAGGCACUAAAGGCACUACCCUUCUUCUAGCAAAGGGGCUCCCACUUCCAGAAGAAGUGCUUGCACCUCCCUGGUGUGGCAGAUAAAAGGUUGCACUAUCCCUUCUAGAUCACAGCAGGAAGGCCCCUCAGAAAGCUCGGUGUCUGACCUGUCCCUCCUUUCUUUUUGUUUUGAGACAAGAUCUUAAACUGUGGCUCAGGCUGGCCUCAAACUCCUGUCUCAGCCUCCCAAAUGCUGAGAUUAUAAGCAUGAGCCAUCAUGUUUGGCUUUCAUCCUGGUCCUUAUUUUAAAGUGAUCUUAACAAAAUGAUGGAAAUUUAUUCAUUAAACAGCCUGAGUUGUAAUCAAGCUGUUCACAUGAGAAUGUCAUGUGCAGUUUCUAUAUACAAACCAAGAAAAAGGCCUUAAUAUUCAUGCCAGUUUGGCAGAGAAAUGACUCAUGGGUUAAACUCCACAAACUAUUGUACGUUCCUCCUACCCAAUGAUACUGUAAAUCACUUCAGCCAGUGGAUGUGAGCACCCUGUGGGAGCAUUUGUGUGCUGGUGGUGCCCAGGCUUCCAGCCAGAGCCCCCUCCUCGGUGCUGUUGGCUGGCCCUCCUUACUGCAGAGCCCCUCUUUACCCCAGCAGCCCUCCUCCUCUCCUCCCUGGCAGCAUUCACCUUACUUGCCUUUUCGAUUCCAUGCUGUAGCCAGUGUGGUUAGUGCCUAUGUUUUGCAACAAGCCCUCCCCAUUUGUAUUUGUGAUGUAAGCACGUUUUCCUAAAGCAAAUCUGGUUAUGUACCUCAAAGAAUUUUUCUCUUGAAACUCAUAUAGCCUCACUGUUUUCUCCUUAUUGCUAUUUACAUUGUAAAUGGGAAAGAAAUACAUCCUGGUUCUUCUCUUUUCUUUUUAUUUUUGUUUUAGUCUGCAACUCAGUAUGUAGCUGGGGUAGCCUUACACUUGAGAUCUUCCUCCCACCUUCUCCAUCUGGGGUCAUACACGUCAACAGGCAUACCCAGUCCUUACUCACCUUAAUGUUUAGUAAACUGUGACCUUUGUUUCUCUGUGGCUUUGGAGAGGCUGUCCUGGAACUAACUCUUGGAGACCAGGCUGGCUUCCAACUCACAGAGAUCCGCUUGCCUCUGCCUCCUGAGUGCUGGGACUAAAGGCAUGGGCCACCAACGUCCGGCUACUGUGAGUUUUUUAAGUGUUUCUUCUGCUUUAUUCUGUUUCCUGUUUGUGUUCUUUCAGCAACUUUCUCCUUGUUAACAUCACAUUUACUAAAGACUUAGAAUAUAGGACAAACAAAAUCUAAAGUGACCUUAAAAAUAAUACUUCCUUUCUACGGAGGAAAAGGUAGUUUUGUUUUUCCUGUUACUGCCAGGUAGUUUCUGGCAGUGGAAACAAGACUGACUCCCCACCACCUCAAAGCUUCUUAACACUUGGGUUAAGGAGAGAAAAGCCAAUGACAGUUGUAAGUUGUUAGAAGUCUAGAUACAAGGUUGCCGUAACUGCUAACCUGACCACUCACCAUUCUCCUUUGUGAUUGCAUUUGUGCUCAGGAUGGAACCCAAGUUCUUACAACCAGACCAGUGCUGUCUGCCACUGAUAUGUCCCCAGCCCUGAUUCCAACCACUCUUUCCUGUUGGAUUGGAGACUGCUUUACAUAUGUCUACACUGUCUGUGGCUGAGGUGACAUUCUCUGUUUUGUUUUAUUAGAUAGCAUCUCAUGUAGCCCAGGCUGGCCUCAAACUCACUGUAUGAUAAAGGAAGCCCUCGACCUUUUGAUGCCCCUGCCUCCACCUCCCAAGUAGAGGGAUAACAGAUGUGCCCCACCACACCUGACAGCAAAGCAACUUUUCAGAUGUCUUUCUCUGCUGCUUUCCCUCACUGUGCCAAGCCUGAGCUACCUGUCUGCUCCUGUGUGCCACCAAGGGUUCGGAUUCACUGUUCAUCUCAUUUGUCUUCUGAAACAUAUGUUAGGGCAGCAUCUAGUCAGUGGUUCUUUCUGUUUUAAUGUAUAUAAAAGUUGACUUUGUGUUUUCUUUCUGUAAUUUGAAGUCAUAAUCGUUAUGUAAAGCCUAGUAUAUUGUAUGUCAAGAUACUUCCCUAAUGUACAGAAUCAUGUAAAAUAAAUAAUUACAUUGUAUAUCAGUCUUCCCACCAGUCUUAAUUAUUAAAGUAUUUUAGAACAUCGAACAAA